AUGUUUCAGCAACUUAUCGACUCGGGUCGUGGCUUUGUAGCUGACACUAUACUAUUCCUAGUCUUCUAUUCUCCUACCAUUAACGAUAGAGAGGUUAGUACGGUCCAGCUCGUGAGGUAUGUGUGCCUCGCUAUAUGCCUAAAGGUAUUCCAUCUAGUAGCACAAAUACGUGUUGGACAUAUCUUCGAGCUGGGCUUCACAAGCUUCUCCUCCCUGGUGCGACUAGCAGGGCUUAUUUUCCUAUGUGGUAUGCUUGAUAUGAUAGGGAUAUCAACCUUCUAUGGCCUUUCAAGUGCACACUCUUCCUUCUAUACUUGGUGCCUGUUCGAGGCAGUGACUAUGGGACUAACAGCAUUGACCACUGCGACUAAGUUCAUCAUCCAUCUCGUGGACAUGCGUUUAGAACAUGGUUGGACUAGUAAAACACAGUUCAUAUUCCAUGUGGAUCUGUGGGGAGAUGUCGGGCAGAUGACCACUUACCUGUGUUUUAUGAUGGUGUUUUUAUCGCAAAACCCAACAAGACUCCCGUUUUAUGCCCUAGCUGAUAUACUACAGAUAACCAGACAGUUGGUGUCUAGGUUGUACAGCCUUAGGAAAUAUAGAGCUAUUACUGCUAACAUGGAGGAGAGAUUCCCCAAUGCCACAGCAGAGGAGUUGGAGGCGCAAGACACGUGCAUCAUAUGUCGUGAUAAGCUAUGGGAGGGUAGUAAGAGGCUACCUUGUGGUCAUGUAUUCCAUAUUGAAUGCCUCAAGUCCUGGCUAGUUAUGCAGCAAGUGUGCCCCACAUGUCGAGCGGAGAUACCCACUACUAUGCCUCCUCGUGCCGCUGCUGCUGCCGCUGCUGAGGAUAGGAGGCAAGCUCCUCAAGGAGAUCAGCCCCAGGGUACUCAGCGGGAGGAGCCUGUCGCCGCUGCUGCUGCUCCUGUUGAAGAGUCUCAGAAGAAGAAUAGUAAAUCAGAAGGCUCCAAGGCUACUAGUUCGGCUGGUGAAGCACCGAAGGCAGGGCCAGCGACGAGUAGUGGGUCGAAGGAGCGAGACCCUACUCAACUACCUUCUGCUAGGACGGUUCAGUUACCGGGUGGUGGUACUGUCACCAUGACUCAUCUACCUAUCAAACCCCCUAGUGCUGCUGCAGCAGUCUCCUCUUCUAUGGAGGAUGGAUCAACCUUAUUGUCGGCAUUAGGAGUGGAGACAGCCUCUCAAUUGAAGGAGGCUAUCAAGCAUGCCGUGAACAUGGUCGAAUACUAUGAGAAGGAGAAGAAGUGA